UUCCCCCCUGCCCCCUUCCCCGUGCCUGUAGUCGCGGCUGUGGUUGCAGUCGCCACCACAGCAUUCCGGUGCGUGGGGACCAGCCUACCCCUGGCAUCGUUCGGUUUCUCCUGUUGUCUUCACUAAGGAUGAGUCCCUGCGCUACUGUGUGUCCGUCUCGCGGAGACCACCGGCGUACUUUCAUCUAGCGACUGGUCACCCUUGCAAUUAUGGAUAUUUAAAAGGACCAGACAGUGUGGAGGGGGGAGUUCCCCUCCUCACUCCCCCUUGGUGCUUGACUCCAGGAAUAAUUUAUAAACUGUGGAAAGUUUUUUUUUUUAAUAAAGAACUUGUAUUUGAUAUAAACUUUAUAGAGCUAUUUAUAAUUUUUUGAUUAAAGUGCCAAAAUAAAUUGUAUAAAGGUAUAUAGUUUUAUACUACUACCGUGAGGGUUUAAAUUAUAAUCCUAAAAGGUCAUUUAUUCUCUAUAAAUCUUUCUGAAUAGCACUGUUUUGUCUUGGCUUUUUCAUUUUUAAAAAUUAGUCUUAACGGACUAUCUUGAACUAAAAUUAAGCAGUCUAAAAACAGUUAGGAUGAAUUCUUCCAUCCCUGACUGUACAUCAAAGUGUCGAUCCCUGAAACAUGCUUUGGAUGUCCUUUCUGUGGUAACAAAGGGGAAUGAAAACCAGAUAAAGGCCUUUCUCUCCAGUUAUUGUUACAAUGCUGCAACUAUCAAAGAUGCCUUUGGCAGAAACGCUCUCCACCUUGUUUCCUCCUGUGGAAAGAAAGGAGUAUUAGAUUGGCUUAUUGAAAAAGGAGUGGAUCUGCUGGUGAAAGACAAGGAAUCAGGAUGGACAGCUUUGCACAGAAGCAUUUUUUAUGGACAUAUUGAUUGUGUUUGGUCUCUGUUGAAGCAUGGUGUUAGUCUGUAUAUUCAAGACAAAGAAGGCUUGUCAGCUUUGGAUCUUGUAAUGAAGGAUAGACCAACUCAUGUAGUAUUCAAAACUACUGAUCCUACAGAUGUCUACACUUGGGGAGAUAAUACAAAUUUCACCCUGGGUCAUGGAAGCCAGAAUAGCAAACACCAUCCAGAAUUGGUGGAUCUGUUCUCCAGGAGUGGGGUUUAUAUCAAGCAGGUGGUGCUUUGUAAAUUUCACUCAGUAUUUCUGUCUCAGAAAGGGCAGGUUUAUACCUGUGGUCAUGGUCCUGGAGGACGUUUAGGCCAUGGAGAUGAACAGACAUGCUUGAUCCCUAGGCUUGUGGAAGGACUGAGUGGUCAUAAUUGUUCCCAGGUGGCAGCUGCAAAGGAUCAUACUGUUGUACUGACUGAAGAUGGAUGUGUUUAUACAUUUGGACUAAAUAUUUUUCAUCAAUUAGGAAUUAUUCCUCCACCUUCCAGUUGUAAUGUACCCAGACAGAUGCAGGCAAAAUAUCUGAAAGGAAGGACAGUCAUUGGAGUAGCAGCAGGCAGGUUUCAUACAGUGCUAUGGACUAGAGAAGCUGUUUACACUAUGGGACUAAAUGGUGGACAACUGGGUUAUUUGCCAGAUCCCAAUGGAGAAAAGUAUGUAACUGCUCCUCGUCAGGUCUCUGCCCUUCAUCAUAAGGAUAUCACUUUGUCUUUAGUUGCUGCAAGUGAUGGGGCCACAGUCUGUGUUACCACGAGGGGAGAUAUUUACUUACUUACAGACUAUCAGUGCAAAAAGAUGGCUUCUAAGCAACUAAACUUGAAAAAAGUUCUUGUUUCUGGGGGGCGUAUGGAAUACAAGGUUGAUCCUGAAAAUUUGAAGGAAAAUGGAGGUCAGAAAAUCUGCAUUCUUGCAAUGGAUGGAGUUGGAAGGGUAUUUUGCUGGAGAUCAGUCAGCAGUUCCCUGAAGCAGUGUCGAUGGGCCUAUCCACGCCAGGUGUUCAUUUCUGAUAUUGCUUUAAAUAGAAAAGACAUUUUAUUUGUCACACAGGAUGGAGAAGGAUUUAAAGGGAAGUGGUUUGAAGAAAAAAGAAAGAAUUCUGAAAAGAAAGCAGAGAUUUUAUCAAAUCUUCAUAAUUCCUCAUCAGAUGUGUCUUGUGUCUCUGAUAUAAAUAGUGUGUAUGAAAGAAUUCGACUUGAGAAACUUACUUUUGCCCAUAGAGCUGUUAGUGUCAGCACAGAUCCAAGUGGAUGCAACUUUGCAAUCCUGCAGUCAGAUCCUAAAACAAGCCUUUAUGAAAUUCCAGCUGUAUCUUCAUCAUCCUUUUUUGAAGAGUUUGGCAAACUGUUAAGGGAAACAGAUGAAACGGACAACAUACAUGAUGUGACAUUUCAAGUUGGCAAUAGAAUCUUCCCUGCACAUAAAUAUAUUUUGGCAGUGCAUUCUGACUUUUUUCAAAAAUUGUUUCUUUCAGAUGGGACUACUUUAGACUUUGCAGAUGUUUACCGGAAAGAUGAAGAUUCUGCAGGAUGCCAUCUCUUUGUGAUAGAGAAGGUUCAUCCUGACUUGUUUGAGUACCUUUUACAAUUUAUAUACACAGAUACUUGUGACUUUUUACUUCAUGGCUUCACACCAAGAAUAAACUUAAACAAAAAACCAGAAGAAUAUCAGGGCGCUCUGAAUUCUCAUUCAAAUAAAAUGAAUUGCCAUGAAGAUAAUCAGAAGUCCGCAUUUGAAGUUUACAGAAGUAAUCAAGCUCACACAGUUAAUGAAAAGCAGAAAAGCAAACCUAAAUCUUCCAAUAAAGGGAAAAGUAUUGGGGAAGAUGAUCCUGUAAGAAUGUUGCAAAAUGUUGCAAAGAAAUUUGGUUUCAGUAAUUUGAGUAGUAGGUUAGAUGGAGUCAGAUUUGAAAAUGGAAAAAUUAAUGUUAUUGAGAAGAAAACUGGUAACAAAUCAAAGCUAAAUCAGAAAAAAUGUUCGUUUCUAUGUGAUGUGACCAUGAAAUCAGUGGAUGGAAAGGAAUUUCCUUGUCAUAAGUGUGUUCUUUGUGCCAGACUUGAAUAUUUUCAUAGUAUGCUGAGUAGCUCAUGGAUUGAGGCUUCCACUUGUACAGCUCUGGAAAUGCCAAUACAUUCUGACAUACUGAAAGUUAUUUUGGACUACCUCUAUACUGAUGAAGCUGUGGUGAUAAAAGAAUCUCAAAAUGUGGAUUUUAUUUGUAGUGUUCUUGUGGUGGCUGAUCAGCUUCUCAUAACUCGAUUGAAAGGGAUUUGUGAAGUUGCAUUAACUGAGAAACUUACCCUUAAGAAUGCUGCUAUGUUACUGGAAUUUGCAGCAAUGUACAAUGCUGAACAAUUGAAACUGUCUUGUUUACAAUUUAUAGGACUGAAUAUGGCCGCUUUACUUGAAGCAAGGUCUCUUGAUGUUUUAAGUGAUGGUGUUUUGAAGGAUCUUUCUGUGUUUUAUAGAAAAAUGAUUCCAGCAAUGGAUAGAAGAGUCAUUACACCAUAUCAGGACGGACCAGAUAUUAGCUAUUUGGAAGUAGAAGAUGGAGAUAUCUUUUUGAAAGAAGACAUAAAUACGGAACAGAAUUAUUCGGAAAGUAUGUUCAAGAAGGCAAAAACAAGAGCAAAAAAGAAGACACGUAAGCGUUCGGAUAGUUCUGGAGGUUAUAACCUUUCUGACGUUAUUCAGAGUCCUCCAUCUACAGGAUUAUUAAAAUCUGGUAAGACCAAUUCUGUGGAAUCUCUUCCAGAACUGCUGACAUCAGAUUCUGAAGGAAGCUAUGCAGGAGUGGGUAGUCCUAGAGAUUUACACUCCCCAGAUUUCACAGCAGGAUUUCAGUCAGAUAAAAUUGAGGGGAAAAUUAAACCAUAUCUUAAUGGUACACCUCCUGCAUAUUCUAGGGAAGAUUUAAAACCAUGGGAAAAAUCACCAAUACUUAACAUAUCUGCUCCACAGACCAUUCCCAGUAACAAAAUUGAUACUACAAGCUCUUCCAGUUGGGUUGCUGGCUCUUUCAGUCCUGUCAGCCCUCCUGUCAUGGAUCUCCGAACCAUCAUGCAAAUUGAAGAAAAUAGACAAAAAUGUGGAGCUACACCAAAGACAAAUUUGGGCAAAAUGAUUUCUCAUGGAGUUAAACUUUCUCAGAAGCAACGAAAAAUGAUUGCAAUGACUACCAAAGAAAAUAAUUCAGGAACAAGUAGCAUGGAAACAGCUUUAACUGCUCCUUCAAAAACUCCGAAACCAGUGAAUGCAUGGUAUGCUUUAAGUUUUAUUAAAAUAGGCAGAGAUCUGUGUGUUACCUUUUAAGGUAGUUCUUGGCUUCUGGGUUUCCCUCCUAACUUUUCAAGUAUUUCACUCCUCUCUUUAAGUUAAAAAUUAGACCUUGGGAAAUAAUUUUUUUGUUUUGACAUAUGCACCAUGGUUUGUUCAUUUGUUCAUCAUUCUUUCUAUUAUAGAUUUCAAAAUGUUUUGUAUAGAUACAGUUUCUUCUUGGUAUUCUAAUUAGCAUGUAUUACUAAAGUAAUUUAAGGAGGGAGCCUUACAUUUUUUUCAUUUGUUGUAAGAAACAAUAUAUAGCAUAGAAAAAUUGGAUAAACAAUUUUUUACCACCUUAAUUUCUUUGUCCUUCUGUAUACAUCAUGAAUAUCUUUGCAAUGUUAAUAAUCUUGGUUUUCGUUAUCACUUGUUUAUUUUUUAAGUGUUUAUUUAUUUUGAAAGAGAAUAGAGAGAAAGAAUCCUGAGGAGGCUCCAUGCUGUCAGUGCAGAGCCUGAUGUGGGGCGCGAUCUCACAAACUGAGAUUGCGACCUGAGCCGAAAUCAAGAGUCAGACGCUUGGGGCGCCUGUGUGGCUCAGUCGGUUAAGCGUCCAACUUCGGCUCAGGUCAUGAUCUCGCGGUUCGUGAGUUCAAGCCCCGCGUCAGGCUCUGUGCUGACAGCUCAGAGCCUGGAGCCUGUUUCAGAUUCUGUGUCUCCCUCUCUCUCUCUGACCCUCCCCCUUUCAUGCUCUGUCUCUCUCUGUCUCAAAAAUAAAUAAACGUUAAAAAAAAAAAUUAAAAAAAAAAAGAGUGAGACGCUUAACCAACUGAGCCACCCAGGCACCCCUCAUUGUCACUUCUGUAAGCAGGAGUAUUUACUUGCUAUUAUAGAGAUUUUCUCCAUUACAGUUUACCUGUAAUUUGGAGAUUAAUAGGAGUAAUCUCCAAAGAGGUCAGAUAGCAGUUUUGAGGUGUAUAAAAUAGGUUGUACUUCCUGUCCCCCUUCCAUCCUCCCUUUUCUUUGUAGCCUGUCAGAACUACUUACUACAGAUCUAAAGCAUGAUCACAGAAAAGAAAGUAAAGGAAGAUGUGGGAAAACCCAGGUAAAGAAUAAAAGAGUAAAACUUGAGAGAAUGGGUUUAGUAGAAUGUUUAAAUUCAUCAGUGUUUGUGCACACCUUCUAUAUAUGAGAGUAUGGUAGACUGAUUUGGUCACCCUCUGUAGGGUUUGUGGGAUAGCUGUUAGAACAUUGAGUUGUGUUUUCCCUAAAGAAAAGUAUGGAGGGGCAGCUGGGUGGCUCAUUCACUUAAGCGUCCAGCUUAGCUCAGGUCAUGAUCUCAUGGCUUGUCAGUUGGAGCCCCAUGUCAGGCCUGUGCUGACAGCUCAGAUCCUGGAGCCUGCUUUGGAUUCUGUGUCUCCCUCUCUCUGUCCCUACCCAACUUGUUCUCUCUCUUUCUCUCUCAAAAAAUAAAUAUUAAGAAAAGUAUAGAAAAGAUAAAAAGAAAGUUCUUGGAUCAGCUCUCAAGAUACUAAAUGUCUGUAACUUGAGAGAAUUAACUAAGCACAUGAGGAAGCUUUGGGCUUAGUAAUAUAGUUUUAGCUAUGCCAUUAUUCACUUUUAUUAUUUAAAAACAAAAAGUAGGGGAGGAUCCCAGGGAAGAUGGCAGAUUAGGAGGACCGUAAGCUCACUUUGUCCCAUAAUACAACAGAUAACACGCACAUCAUUUUAAAUAACCCAGAAAAUGAUCCAUACUACCAAGAGCAAUCUAUAGAUUCAGUGCUGUCCCUAUCAAAAUAACAAGGGCAUUUUUCAUAGGACUAGAAGAAAUAAUCCUAAAAUUUGUAUGAAAUCACAAAAUAACCUGAACAGCCCAAGUGAUCUUGAGAAAGAACAAAGCUGUAAUAAUCAAAACAGGUAUGGUACUGGCACAAAAACAGACACAUAGAUCAAUGGUGUGGAAUACAGAGUCUAUAAAUAAACUCAUGCUUAUAUGGUCAAUUAAUCUUUGACAAAGGAAGCAAGAACAUAUAAUGGGAAAAGAACACAUCUCUUCAACAAAUGGUGUUGGGAAAACUGGGCCAUUUCCUUAUACCAUAUCCAAAAAUAAACUCAGAAUGCAUUAAAGACUUAAGGACAGAAACCAUAAAACUACUAGAAGGAAAUGGAGGUGGUAAGCUCUUACACAUCAGUGUGAACAACAAAAUGAAAAGGCAGCCUACUAAUUUGGAGAAGAUAAUUGCAAAUGAUAUGACUGAUCAGGGAUUAAUAUCAAAAAUACAUAAAGAAUUCCUACAACUCAAU